ACCUUGGCUCGCCUUCACGUCUCCACUUGUCAUCACAAGGUCACACAAGGCUCCCGCGAACGACUCAUCCGCUCAUAAGUGCCCCACACCGGAGCAGCGAGAAGGCCAGCGCAGCCUUGUAGGAAUCGAACGAAUCUCGCUGGCGCUCAGCCUCUGCUCAGACCCGAGGCAAAGAGGGAUCCACUCGCAAUGUCGCGGUCAUUGGCCACACCAAAGGCAUCAUCUGACCUUCUCAGUGUCUCUUUUAACCAGGAUGGAUCCUGUGUCUCGAUUGGGACGCGAAAGGGCUAUUCGAUUGCGAAUGCAGAGCCCUUUGGCAAGGUCUACAGCAGGGACGACGGGCCAUGCAGCAUCGUCGAGAUGCUAUUCUGCACCAGCCUUGUCGCACUUGUAGGCACAGCCGAUAGUCAACCAAGCAGCAGCCCAAGAAAACUCAAGAUUGUCAAUACCAAGCGGCAAUCGACCAUUUGCGAACUCGUGUUUCCGACGACUGUGCUUGGGGUCAAGCUCAAUCGUCGCCGGCUCGUUGUCAUCCUCGAAGAGGAAAUCUACAUCUACGACAUCUCAAACAUGAAGCUCCUUCACACUAUUGAGACAAGUCCAAACCCCCAUGCCAUCUGUGCGCUUUCACCGUCCUCGGACCCAUGCUACCUGGCCUACCCGUCGCCGGUACCAUCGCCAAAUUCGCCAUUCUCUCAGGGAGCGUCACAGCACUCGCCUGGCGACGUUCUCAUCUUUGACCUUGUGACACUGUCGGUCACUAAUAUUAUUCAAGCUCACAAGACGCCAAUCUCUUCGCUGGCCCUCAACUCGACGGGCACGAUGCUGGCAACAGCAUCUGACAAGGGGACCGUUAUUCGAGUUUUCUCGGUGCCAGGCGCCCAAAAGCUGUUCCAAUUCCGAAGAGGGUCCUACCCUGCCCGCAUCUACAACAUCUCUUUCAACGCCGUCAGCUCCCUGCUGUGUGUUUCGAGCGACACGGAAACAGUGCAUGUCUUUAAAUUGGCGCAAGGGACGAAGGGCGCGGGCGCUUCUUCCAACAAGGGCCUCGUCCCGCCGACGAGCCCAAGCUUGGACGGCUCCUCAGACACGGGGAGCCCGACCGGGAAUGGACGUGGGGCUGGAGGUUACGAGGCUUUCAUUGACGACAAGAAGAAGUCUGGAGGGUUGAGCGGCUCUAUCCGAAAACGGUCGCUGGCCUUGGGGAGAAAUAUGGCUGGCUCAGUGGGCGGAUACCUUCCCAAACCGAUGGCCGAGAUGUGGGAGCCCUCGAGAGAUUUUGCAUUCCUCAAGCUUCCCACACCGGGCGUCAGUUCCGUCGUGGCCGUGAGCAGCACCACGCCGCAGGUCAUGGUGGUGACGAGUGAAGGAUACUUCUACAGCUAUAACAUCGACCUCGAAAAUGGAGGGGAAUGCACAAUGAUGAAGCGUAACUUUGCCGCCACCUCACAGAGUACUCUCUUCUCGAGAGCGACGAUUCCACCAAUGCGACGGGGUCAUCGACGUUGGGAGAUUAAAUCGCUACUUUCUCUAAUAUUUGUGUUUACUUGAUGACGGCACCAAUCCCACAAUACCUGAUCGUGUCGAGAACUGAGC